UUUGCCAACUUUCUUUUAAAAUCUUUAUUAGGAUUUAUGAGUGGCAUUGUAUUAACUAUGGGAAUGUUCAUGUUUCUGUUACUGCAAUUAAAUUAUUCGUACACUAAGGCCACAGUAAUAAGUUCAACAAUUGGGAGUGUACUAACGUUAGGAUUGGCUUUUUCUCCGAUUUGCAGGUGUAUUUUUAUGAUGGUCUUGCCGCAAUUAUUUUCCGAUAAGGGUCGACACGCGCUACUCAUGUAUGCGUUCAUUUUAUCGUUUUCUGGACCUUCCAAGACUACAUUACACAACACCGGAGUCUUAUCGGAAUCGCUCACUUGCUUGCAGGACGAAAUAAAAUCGGCCAUAAGACAAAUCGUUGACAUAAUAAAAAAGCCAUUACUGGCCGUCCGAUCUUCUAUAACACGCAUAAAGGCAGACCUAGCCGUAAUAAUCAAUAAAAUGAAAAAAGGAAUGUUGGCCGUCAAGAAAACCGUGACCGAGUUAGUAAGAACAAUUAAGUCAGCGUACGAAUGGCUGUACAGCGUAAUGAACAUUUGUAAUAAAAAAGUCGGCACGCCGUAUCAGAGGUGCACGAAAAUGUUCGAUAACGCUUUAGACGAGUGUAAGGUGACAGUGUCGCCUACUUUCGAUUGGAUGUGUUCGAUAUCGUACGUUAUUUCAAACGUAUGCUACACGGUUAAGUUUCUGGACAGCCUUUGUGAAUUUUUCGAAUUCAUAAACGAAUCUAUUUUCGGAGCGAUUCAAAACAGUUUGAAGAGUUACGUGCGACACAUGAAGAACAUGUUUUACGUAUCUAUCGAGUUCAAACAUUCGUUUGCAUUUGAGUCGACGCCGAGCAAACUGACUAGCGAUAUUAUUCGCGGUAUCAUAACCGAAAUCAAGUACAAGAUCGAAAAUGUCGUAAUGUUGUUUGACUGGGCUGGAUCGAUUUUUUCGUUCUUCUUCCUGUACGUGUUUGUGAGGGUGUUGCGAUACAGACAGAAGUAUUUAACGGUUGAUUCGUUUGAUAACAAAUAUUUGACAACGGAGUUAUACGAGCUAGACGAACGGAAACAGAUCCUCGAUCGACCGACGAUCAUGCCGCUGACUAGAGUCGAAAAAAAUAAAUUCAUAGAACGAACAUCUGCUCGUUUGAUACCAAAAGAAAGAAAAGCGUUGUUCCGGUCAUUGGCCAUACUAUUACUGGCAACUUUUAAGAUACUCAUACAAAUGGCGGUGGAUUACAGUCUUUAUUGGAUAUUGAUCACUGUCAGAAAAUAUGGGCGACUGUCGUCACAACUUGACCCGCCAAGAAUGGUCGAUGUGAACAUCGACGGCGACGGAAUACUAGCAGAUCUGUAUAAAACUAUAAUUCAAACGUUUAAGCCGGUGGCGAAUGAAAUGAACAUGGAUACAAUGAGUUGUUUGCCGAAUCCAUGGCCGCCAAAUUACGAUUGUUAUAGACGGAUAAUUGUUGUGUUGACUUUGACGUGGUUUUUGGCCAUCAUGCAACCGUACGGUUUGCGGUUUCGGUCUUACGUUAUGGGAUACUAUCAUCCAGACGUGGCUAGAACAAGAGCGGUGUGGUUGCAUAACCACAUAAUUCGCCGGAGAAUCAAUUUUGUCAAAUUUGCAAGGCGAUUUUUGCGCAGGAAAUUCGGCCUAGGCGGCGGAGAAAGCACUACACAAGACACUUCCUUUUUGGAUUUAAUAUAUUCUAAGUAUCCGAUCUUGGAUCGUAUCUGGAGUCGUAAAAAGCAGAUAGUAUGUCUCAUUUGUGGUUACAAAGCAAAGAAAAUAGACUUAAAAUCGGGUGAAAUAGUUUCGUGUGACAAUGGUAACUGCAAAGGUGUAUAUUGUUCAAAAUGUUUCACGGACAUUGAUAACAAAUGCACUUUGUGCAGUAAUCCUAUUAACUAUGGAGACAUAACAGACAUUAGUGAAGAAAAAGAUAGUUCUUCGGAUGCAAUAGAGACGAACGUUUCAAAAUUAUCAGUGCACAUAAAACCAGCGAAGAAGUUUAGAAAACGAAGACGUGUACUUAAAUGGGCUAAAACAAAAGCGACUUCAGUUUUUCGUAAAGUUAGCACCGAAGAUGAAGGAAAUGACGGCGAUGAAAGUUCAAUAAGCGAAUGUUCAAAAAGUACAUGUAGCACUGUGUCCAACUCCUAUGAAAACGAUCCUAACUACGAAAACUCGGAUUUGAAAUACAGGACAUUAAUUGUAGAGAGUCAAGACGGUAUCCGAAGAAAUUCGUCGAUUUAA